GCCGUCAAGCAGCAGCGGCGGCCGUUGUUGGGGACAGCGGUACUCCUUUCCCCGCCCCCCUCGGAGUAGCGGCUCCUCCGCCGAGGACCGCGAGGAAGGCGUUGGCGGGGGGCUGAGGCGCCUCCCUCCCCUUCCUCCGCCGCCGCCGCCGCCGGUGCCAGGCGGAGGCUCCUCCCUCGCUCCCGUGUGACUGGCCUAGUGCCGCAUGUGAGGCAAGAAGGCGGGAGGGAGGAGGAGGAGGAGAGGCGCCCGGCCGACAGCGGCCCCCAGUGCGGCGGCGGGAGGGAGAACAAGAGGCGGCGGCGGAGGAAGAGCAGCAGCAGCAGCAACGGCCACAUCCCCCAUCUGCCGCCGGGUGACCCGCCGCCUCGACGCUUCUUCUCUUCCCCCUCCCCCUCCCCACCCCCGUUAAUCCCUCAUGACGGUUUGGUGCUGCCGGUGUUCCCUGGCCGGUCACUUCAGGUAACGCUUAUUCGCCAGGCCGGCCGAGGGAAAUAGGUUUGUGGGUCAAGGCGGGGGGGGGGGGAGAGAGAACGGCGGGGGGGGGGGAGAGAGAGAGAGAGAGAAAGAAAAGGCGCCUUCCAUCCUCCCCUUUCUCUUCCGGCUCCUCCCUCUCCUCUCAUAGCCGGCGGUUGACGCGAUGUGGGAGUCCGCGCGGGAUGCCUUCCUGCCCGCUGCUGUUCCUCCUCGGUCGGCCGGCCUGCGCUUCACUGAGGAGGAGAUGGAGGACCGAAGGAGGAAGGUCACGGGGUCGGCCGGGGGCGCGCGCGCGCCCGCCCGCACUCUGUAAGCGGAGGAAGGGAGAAGGUGAGGUGCUUUGAAGAGCAUCCUGGAGGCGCGACUUGGGUGGUGGUGCUGAGGAGGGAGGGAGGAAGAGGGGAAGGUGUGCAAGAUGAGGUGUGUUGCUGGCUGCUGCUCCUAAGGAGGGAGGGAAGGGAGGAGGCAAAGCAAAGGCCCACCCAGAGGAGCCACACAAAAAGGAACAUCACCUCUCCAUAGAUGAUGAUGGCGGCGGCGGCAGAUUUCUGAAUGGCCAAGAUGGGUCGUGAUUUGAAAUGUUGUUGCAUGACGAGCAGGUAGGCUUGGAAAUCGCCUCUCUGCAACACACAUGGCAUUUAUGUGCACACAUGGUUUUGUGCGUGUGUGUGUACACAUAGGGGGUUGUGGGUGGCACUGUGGUCUAAACCACUGAGCCUCUUGGGCUUGCCAUUCGGAAGGUCAGUGGUUCGAAUCCACACAACGGGGCGAGCUCCUGUUGCUCUGUCCCAGCUCCUGCCAACCUAGCAGUUCAAAAGCACACCAGUGCAAGUAGAUAAAUAGGUACCACAAUGGCAGGAAGGUAAACUGUGUUUCCGUGCGCUCUGGCACUUGUCAUGGUGUCCCGUUGCGCCAGAAGUGUUUAGUCAUGCUGGCCACAUGACCCAGAAAGCUGUCUGUGGGCAAACACUGGCUCCCUCGGCCUGAAAGCGAGAUGAGCGCCGCAACCCCAUAGUCGCCUUUGACUGGACUUAACCGUGCAGGGGUCCUUUAUAUAAACACACACAAACCACCUCACUUCUUCGUGUAUACAGUAUAUUUGUAUUCUAUCUUUCUUCCAUGAAUAAAACAGCAAAAGAGGCUUUGGGCACUUUAAAAGACUUAACACAUUCAGUAUGGUGUAAGCUUUUAGAGAUGAAGGUACGCUUCACUUCUGGAGAUUCUUCCAUGAUGAAACUAGUUGUAGUUAAGAUUCUUUGCAGGUCUACCAUUGUUCAGGCACUGAUCAUCCCCAUUGCUGCUUCACUUUAGUCUUUUAGUUCUUGAGACCAUUCCAUGAAACAGUAUAUGGACUGGGAAUUUCCGUAGGCAUGUCUUUAAUGUUGGGUGGAAGAGAAAAGAAAAAUUCCUUUCUGUUCUUGGAUUUUGAUUAAAUAUUACAGUUGCAGGCUAAAUUUAUGGAUAUAGAAUGGAGCAAAGUGAUACUUUCUGGUAGUCAACUGGUAAAAGAAUGUCUUCAGAAAGUUAGGCUAUCCUAGACUUCAAGUCCCAGACUAUCGUAGAGCCAUAAAUAAUUUUACCCAAUGCCCAUAACUCCUAGCCUGUAUCUCUGGAAAUUUAAAUUGAUGGGUAAAUAGUAGGUCAACUCUGAAAGGGUGUUGAAUACCUCAUCAUGGUUUUCUGAUUUUUGACAAAUUCUAUAGGGAUCUUUCUGAUGUUACCUAGUAGCUGACACUACCCAAAAAGAGUAUGCAGUCAUUUGUUUUGUUGGUUACAGUGCAGCCUUUGCAUUUUAGUUUCUGCUGUAAUUUCUGGUGGUGUUUGGUGUAAGGUAGCUGGCUGGAAUAUUUGCUAGUGCUAUCAUGCUAAUUGUCUUCUUGGCAUAAGCAAGCAUAACUUAACUGCCAUAUGUUUAACAAACUCUUUUAAACAGAUGUUGUGUUAUGUCGUAUCCUGUAUUUUAAAUAUCUGAACAUAUUUCCUGUGAAGAUGAAUGUGUAACUGUAAUAGACUGGUAUAGUGUAGAAAAGGUGUUAUUGAUGCUGGUUUUUACUGGUGUAAGAACAGAAUGAGAGUCCUGCUGGAGCAGACCUGGGGCCCAUCUAGUUGUGCAUCCUUUUGUCCACAGAUGUCUGUAAAAAGCCCAUAAAUACUUUUUUCCUUUAGCCUUUAAUGUAGAUUACAAGGAAGGACAGGAGAAAAAGGUACACUUGUCAGCGUGCAGACAUUGUGGUUUUGCAAAACAACAUUGCUUCCUUUAGUUUUUAGCCACAACAGAGAUGUGGGGAACCUAUUAAGCUUUACUGAGAUAUAUUCUGUAGUAGAGUACCGUAGGUGCCUAUAUUUAAGCCAUUUAAAUGACCUGAUGGUUGACAGCAAGCAUAGAAUUAGUUCCAAUUAUCCAUGGUUUCUAUUAUUUUAACCAUGAAUUUGCCACAUGUAUGGCACUGCAGGGUUUGUCCUAAGCUUAAUCUGUAUCUUUAGCUGCAUAUAAGUAUGUUUGCAUGCAUGAAUGUCCUGUGUGAUUUUUGGUUCCAGGGAGGCAGACAACUGUAUUCUGGAUGAGGUUACAUGAGCUUUACCAAGGAAAGGAAAAUGCUUGAGGCUGACAUGUGCCAACUGUAGGACUGUGCAAAAGCAGCCCUAGAGCCAGCAGUGCCUACUUAAAUAUUAGCUUAGAGGUGGAUUUGAUGGGAAAUACAAUUAGUGUCAGAGUUGGCAGAUUCCUGGAUUGUAGGAGGAGGGAGGGAACCAACUGCAGAACUGUACAUUUCCAUUCAAAUUCUUGAGGAAGCGCUUGCAUUGCACUUAGAUUAUGCAAUGACUUAUUCUUAGAAGCUAUUUUGGAAUCAAUUCAUACAUUCUUCUUAAUAAAUAUUUUGGUUUCGAUCCAAAGAUCCUUUGAGUGGCACUCAGUUCAUGAGAUGCUCGCUCUGGUGGAAGGGAGAAGGCAAUUUUUUUGCUGAUUCCCCUUGCAGCUGCCCCACAAAAAUGUGCCCUGGAGGAUUCAGGAACCAUCUGAAAGGUGUGGGGGAAGGGGAAGUCAGCAAAAAACACCUCCUCCCUACUACCAAUGGGUGCGUCCUCUGGGUUCAAAACACAAAUAGAAGGAGCCUUCUGUAGAAGAGAAAGUAAGGAUCCAAGUCACAAACAUUAGUUAAUAUAUCAAAAAAUUAAUGUAGAUUUGUAGACAUUUAAAUGUAUAACCAGUUACCUCUGAUUAUUAUAGAAAUUGUAUCAGACAAUUUAUUGUAAAAGAAAUCUGUGUCACUCAACAUGCACACUCGUCUGUCCUUUUGUAAACGUAUAUGGACAAAAACCCCUACUUUUUCCUUGCAGGGUUCCAAAAUAGCAGUAUCAGUUUAGGAAAAGGAAAAGUGGAUUUGCAACUCUGAAAUUUUCCUAAAUGCUGACAGACUUUCUUUUGCUUAUAUAUCAUCAGGCCAAUGACUUUAUAUUAACUUAAGUUUAUUUUAUUAAGAAUGUGUUGUAGUGAUGAACUGAUUUAUUUCCUUUUAAAUAGAAACUACUGUAGUCCUGAAACCGAAGGACACUUUUUGAAUUCCUUAGUGCAGUAUUUUGGUGACAGCUUUGGAACAAAUGUUAAAACAAUGCCCUUACUAGAAGAAGCUACUCUACCUGUGGACCCACCACUGAGUUUGCCAGUGGUAGUAAUAGGUGAGUUAUUCUCAGAAUUUCAGUAUAUGAAUAAGAAUCUAAAAUAUUGAAUGUGUUUGAAAUUUAUUAAUUAUAAUUUAACAACCUUGCCUUAUCACAGACUGCUUAUUAAGUUGUGAUAUAAUUGAGAGUUCUAGUUAUCCUAUUAUACAGGUAUAUUGUGAUUUGAUGCUGUUGGAAAAAUAUUUGAGCUAUAAUGGUUUCCUCCAUAACUGGGAAAAAGAUAAUGUUGUAUAGUAGAAUAGGAAUUGCCAAAGUGUACCUCCUUGUCACUGAAUCUAGCCCUUUGGGGCCCUAUAUACCCAUUACAUGCAACCUGGUCAUGUCUGUGAAGGAGCAGCUGCUCUAAUGCUCGCUUUCCUCUCCCCUCCCCAUUUCUUUUUCAUUUUGUAUCAUGUCUAUUUGAUUUUGAGUCUAGCAGUUCAAAAGCAUGCCAGUGCAAGUAGAUAAAUAGGUACCCCUGUGGCAGGAAGAUAAACAGUGUUUCCGUGUGCUCUGGUUUCUGUCAUGGUGUUCCAUUGUGCCAGAAGCGGUUUAGUCAUGCUGGCCACAUGAUCCGGAAAGCUGUCUGCGGGCAAAUGCCAGCUCCCCCGGCCUCAAAGUGAGAUGAGCACCACAACUUCAUAGUCGCCUUUGACUGGACUUAACUGUCCAGGGGUCUUUUUGUAUCUGAACGGCACUUCAACAAAAAUUAAGCACUUUUUAAAAAGUAUCUAACAACAAGAACAUAGAAAUUCAUGUAAUCAAAAUGAGAGGACUCAAGCACCUCCACUUUUUAGGGAGAGUAGAGUGUUUCAUCCUUAGCUGUUUUUCUGUUUCCAGUUGGCUGCCCCUCCUACUUUGGGUCGGGGAGGAAACAACUUGGCAAAAUAGCUUUGUCUCCAUAUUUGGUGACUGAGAGAAUAUCUGUAAUUGGGACUUAUUAAAACCAUGAAACAAUGAAACAAAUUUUUUGUUAUACAGUAAUUGGAAUAAUAUGUAGCCUGUAAAGAUGUUGGAUGUUUUAUAUUAGAUGUUAACCUAGAAGUGAAAGUGGUUUGGAUUAUACUGUUGAAGGAGGAAGUACUAUUAUUUUACGAUAUCUGAAGCUCUGUGCUGCCCUAGGAUCAGUUUCGGUGACAUGAUGCUAUGCAAAUAUUGUUCCAAAGUGCUGCAGAUGGUUUUUCUGCCUUUUCACAACACAAGGUAUCUCAUUGCUAGGAAAAUAGUCUUCCCCACCCACCCAUAACACUCCUUCCAUUUACCAUAGCAACAAACUUGUUUUGUAAAAAGUAACAAAAUAAAUAGUAACACAGAUUUGUAAUCAAAUACAGGUUCAAAGCAAUUACAUUAUCAACAACUAAUUACCUAUAAACUAGUUAAAACUAUAUUAUAUUGUGAAAUAUAAUAUAGUAUAUUGUAUAUCAGCACAAAAAGCUGUCAAAAAGCCAAGAAACUUCACAUUAAAUGAAAAAGUAAUCUGGCUCCACUUUAACAGUAAAAGUAAAAUUUUAUUUUACAUGUCUGAUUAUCUAGCUAAAUCAGUGAUCAGAAUUGAGGUAAUAUACUUGGCAAAUAAUAUUCUAGACUAUAUCUGCAAAAAUACUAGGCAUCCUAUAGCAAAAGCUGAGCUCUUUUAAAUUCCUUGAUCGCAAUGAGGGGGAGAUAAGCAUGUCUUUGACUUUCAUGGCUUAAAGUCUUGGUCAUUAUCUUGGUCCAGAUUACAAGAUAUAAUUUUAAACUUUAGUAAAUCUUAUAUCAUUUUUAAAAUACCAUUAGGUAAUGGACCAUCGGGAAUUUGCCUCUCAUACAUGCUGUCUGGAUACAGGCCAUAUUUGUCUCCUGCAACAGAACAUCCAAAUCCUAUUUUGCAUAAUAAAUUAAAAGAAUCUAGUCAUCUUUCUAUUGUUGAUCAGGUAAGCUACCACUUACAAAAUUACACAUUUAAUUGUAUAUCAGGACUGGAAGAAAAGUGCAUUACAUAUAUAAUAUACAAUUACAUAUUCUUAGCUUGUGAACUAAGGUCUAGCUUAGUUCACAUUUCUGGUGUGCAUCAUGGUAGAAGCAAAGUAUUCUGCUUUUCUCAGGUUUUUCAGUGUCAAAUAGGACUUGAGGAUCCAAAAUGCCAAUUUUUUUAUGAUAAUCCUGUGUAUUUAAAAUAUAAGAACUGCCUCCAAAAUAUAUCUUGUUUGGCACUCUGCCUCCGACAGCAAAUGUUUCCAGAAAGUUCUCAUUACCAAACCUGGUAAUGAGAAAUGUACUAUAUCUAAAUACAGAGGUCCAAUGUUUAGGCAUUGUGUCAAAUAACCAUUAAUAUACCUGUGUUCCAUGAACAACAGACUUGUAUCACCUUAAAGACUAACAGAUUUAUUUUUGCAGGAGCCCAGAAAAGGGAGAUCUGUGACCCUCCAGGUGUUGCUGGACUACAACUCCCAUCAUCCCUGACAAUUGGCCAUGCCAAUUGAACUCUGACAAGAGUCCAAUAACACCUGCAAGGCCACAGGUUGUGAACUUAGCUGAUGGGGUUCAGUAUACAUCACUCUAAUGAGUGAUAUGACAGAGAUGAGCAAUUGCUGAAAAUGGUUUUAGGCAUCAUGAAGCCCACUUGGACUUCCCCAAAUGAUUAGUCUCUUUAUCAAUUCCUUGUAUCAAUUGCAGCUCAAACUUGAUUCCAUUAAAAUCAUUCCCAAGGGUUUAAGUGUGUAAUCCGUGGGGAGAAGCCAGAUGACAUAAUGAAACUUGUUUGCACUCAUUGUGAUCAGGAAACCAAGGGAUAAAAGCAAACAACUAAUACAAGUUUGGUACAUCUGAUAUCUAUAUAUAGCCAGGCCUGAGAAACAUGGUUUACCGCACAUUAUUUUAUAUUCUAAGGGAAAGUUACAUUGCCAUUUAAAACUGUCUUCUCAAAUUAGGAGUUGGAGUACUUGGCGGAAGGUCUAGAAGGACGCUCUUCGAAUCCUGUUGCAGUUCUCUUUGACACACUGCUUCAUCCUGAUGCUGACUUUGGAUUUAACUAUCCACCUGUUCUUGACUGGAAACUGGAACCAGAGCACUAUAUCCCUCAUAUGGUGCUUGGCAAAGGACCACCUGGUGGUGCUUGGCAUGUGAGAACUUUUUCCAUUUUGUUGUUGGAACCACACUUGAUCAGAGAACUUCAGCUUACAUGUUGGCUAUGGGAACAAUGGGUAUCUACCUCACAUUGUUCCUGAUUGGUUGUAAGUCCUGUGGCAUGUACCCAUUUCAGGAGGUUCAUGUUUUGGCGCUGCAUCAUGGGGCGUGUCUUAGUAUUUUAAAUGAAUAAACCAAUGUGUAAAGAAUUCCCAAAAACUUCACAUACUACAUACCUAUUUUGUAAAUGAUCUUUGUUCUCACUUCCAAAGGCUUACAUUUUUGUGCUUGCCUUUUGUAGAAAACUAGGUAUGCGUUACACUCUUUGUAUUAGAUUUUAUGGAGGUAUAUACGUUUCUAAAAGGAUACGUUACACCCCAAGAGUGAAGUUACAUCACUUGAUUAUUUGGGCCAAUACAAUGAUAAUAUAGCACAGACCAUUUAUCACCUUCCCACCCCCCAAGAACUAUCACCCUGCACAAUUAACUGAGGGCAUUUUUAGUAAUAUUUUUUGUGAAUAUUGUGGGGCUGCAUAGUUGGAAAAAUAGACCAUGGAAGGCUAGAAAUGAGGCCAAAGGCUGUAGGCUACCUGCUGUAGGAGAUUUCCUCCUGACUUUAUUUCCUUAGCUGUAAUGUCUAGUGUAAUUUGCUGUCGGGAUCCUCUGGAUCACUUGGGGAGUUCUCAUACCAGCAGCAGAUGUUGGGAGUUGAAACACCAUGCUGUCCUGAAGAUGUGCAUGGCAAGUUGUCCCAAACAUUACAACUGGAAUAAGAAGAGUUGCCAAGUUGAAGCUUCUGCAAAGCAGAUAAUAUAGCACAUAGGCUGGUCCUUUAGAACAUGAUUCAUGGGAUCUUUUUUCUGUUUUUUUAUGAAAUGAAGGUGGAAUGAGAUGACCUUAAGCAAUAUUUUAAAUAUUUUGUCCUGGUAUUAUUUUCUUUUCCAUAGAAUAUGGAAGGUUCCAUGCUGACUAUCAGUUUUGGAGAUUGGAUGGAAUUACCUGGAUACACAUUUAAAGACUGGACUGCUACCAAGCGAAGGUGAGGACUGUAACAUUCUUGUAAUGACUGAUGGGGGGGGGAAUUGCUUCUGUCAGUGGAUGGAGAAUCAAAAGUUUCAAUGUUUCUGUGAUCUGUUUUUCAAAAGUACAAGAAGCUCUUGUACAUGUAAUUUAAUAAUGCUAACAGCUUGUAAACAAUGGGCUACCAUUCUGACACUUAAGCUUAAGACAUUUGACUUAAUUUAAUUCAUAGAUUAGAUAACCAGGGCUGCUGGAUGAGAUGGGACACCGAAGAACCGACUGCCAAAUUUUCUGCCUCCCCUAUUUUUGAAAAGCUCACAUACUCUCGGCAUUGACCUCUGUGUUUUUGAGAAUUCAGUGAUCAACUUAGCCUAGCAUGUUUUGGCUCAGUUUAAGUACUUCUCAUAAUUGUGAGCAAAGGGGUACCAGUGGGUUCCGCUGAAUGUGGUAAAAAUCCAUGAUUUCAGAAUUUAAAUCUGAACUUAGCUGCUCAUGAUUUAAAAAUUCCCUCUUGGGCAGCAAAUUUAGGAUUUUUUUUUUUCUUUGUUGUACAUUCUAUAGACUCUCAUUUGUUGUUUUUUUGGGAAAACUAUAUCAUAUUUUCCCUGAGACCAAAGCUUCUGUUACUACAUAAUUCUUUAAAUAUGUUUGAUGCUUGCAUUCAUAGCUAGAUUGUACUGCCAGUGGUUUUCAGACUUGUAUGUUUAAAGAGCUAAGUAAAAAUAAUAAACUAGCUUUUUGGGGUUCCUGGGGUAGGACAUCAGGUAUAUGACCUCACAUUGUUAUAUAUAUUCCAUAUGAUCUACAGCCCUUCCAUUCAAUACAGGGGCUGGAAAUGUAAAUACUAUCUUAAUUGCAAUAUGGGGUUGAUUGACAGGUGCAUAUGCAAAAGUCAGAAAAGAGUUUGAGCCAUCACUCACAAAUGUCUGUGCCUUGCUUGGAACGUCAUGCUUUGAGAGCCACUGUCUGCAUCUGCGCAUAACAGAAAGCCAAGAAUCUUUGCUUAACAACCCAUACUAUACUGAACUCAACAAGGAUGCAGGACCACCAUUUCUCCUGCUUCACUCCUCCCCUGUGUGAGCAGGGAAACAAACCAGGAAGAUGAUAGCUUAGCAUUAUGUCCAAACUCGUGUUCAUAGGUUUAUUUUGCCCUAAAAAGCCAGGAUUCAUAUCUCAACAACAAAGCAUACAUUAAUGCUGGUUAACCAUCCUGGCUUGUUGGGGCAAAACAAAUCCAGUAUAAGCAGGGAAAACAUUUCAAAAAAUAAAUCAUGCCAAAAAGAAAGAACAAAUGUACUGAUCUAAUAGAAAAGCUGAAAAUUCUUUCUGUAGCAAUCUGACCUGAAUAUGGCCGUACAGUCACAUUACAAGUUUAAGGAGGUGUUCCUGUGGUGAAUAUGAACAGUAAACUAAAUGUGAAUAAUCAGAUUUGAUCUUUAUCUUUUUCAGAAAUAUAAAGUGUGACAGAGUUCUGCCAGAGCAAAUUGCUAGCUAUUACAAGCACUAUGUUAAAGUCAUGGGCCUUCAAAAAAACUUCAGGGAAAACACGUACAUAACGUCUGUCUCAAGGCUUUACCGAGAACAGGACCAUGAAGAUGAAAGUGAAGUGCAUGAAGAUGUUUUGCCACAACAUUUGCAACUGGAAGAGCAAGGUGGACAAACUAUACUGAUCAAGAGAAACUGGGAAAUCAGAGGUUAUCAGAGAGCAGCAGAUGGCUCUCAUGUGCCAUUCUGUUUGUUUGCUGAGAAUGUUGUUCUUGCCACUGGAACUUUUGAUUCUCCUGGCAGACUCCAAGUAGAAGGUGAAGACUUUCCUUUCGUUCUGCAUUCCAUAUCUGAGUUUGGUGCUGCUGUCGACAAAGGAAUAUUAUGUGGGAAAGCAGAUCCAGUCUUGAUCAUAGGUGGUGGACUUACAGCGGCUGAUGCAGUUCUGUGUGCUUAUAACAACAACAUCCCUGUAAUUCAUGCAUUCCGUAGGAGGGUUACUGAUCCAAGUUUGAUUUUCAAACAGUUGCCUAAAAAGCUUUACCCCGAAUACCAUAAGGUCUACCAUAUGAUGUGCACUCAGUCAGUCACUACAGACUAUAAUUUGCACCAUGCUUAUACCAGUUUUCCAGAACAUCGGGUCCUUUCAUUUCAGCCAGAUAUGAAAUGUGUCCUGCAGAGUGCCUCUGGAUUGAAGAAGAUCUUAAAGUUCUCUGUAGCCUUAGUGUUAAUAGGUUCUCAUCCUAACCUAUGCUUCCUGAAGGGCCAAGGCCAGGGUAUAGGCCAUAACCCAAAUGAACCAAUUACGUGCAAGGGUAACCCUAUUGAAAUUGAUCCAUAUACAUAUGAGUGCACAAAGGAACCCAAUCUUUUUGCAGUAGGUCCACUGAUUGGAGACAAUUUUGUACGUUUUUUAAAAGGGGGGGCGCUGGGCAUUACACGGCAUUUGGUUACGAAGCAGAAGCAUCAUCUCAUAGCUGAAAGAGAAGGAGAUGGAGUUCCCUAAACCAAACAGCCAUAGACAUCAUCUAAGGAACUACAGGCAUAUGCUAAUAACUGACCCAUAACAUCUAGUAAUUGGCAGCCUUGUUUUUGUUAUCCGUAAGUGUUCUUCAUACUUUCAUUGCCUUGUAGAGAAUGAGACUACAGUAUUCCAGCCUGUACAAAAAUUGUUUUUACUGGAAUUGCUUCCAGUUAAAAGAAACAGUAAAUGAUUAUAAGUCGUGCAGAUUUUAUUUGGUUUUGUACGCUGAUGAGAAAAUAUUUACCACUCUAGAGAAAAAUGAUUUCUACUCAUGAACUAAUAGUUUUGCUAUAUAAAACUAGACCAUGGUUGAAAUAUAGAAGCUUUUCUUUAAGACAAAGUAAAAAAAAAAUUCAGCAGUUGAAUUGCAGCAAGUACUUUAUUUUACCCUUGGUUGUUGUGGGAAGUAUUUAUAACUUUUAAAAUGGCCUGUAAAAUAAAGAUAGUUGCGAACGGAAACAGUUAAAUGAUACUCCAGAUUGAUAUUCCAGCACAGUUGGUAGUUGGAAGCAGUUGUCAUAAGUAUGCAGGCAUGCCAUAUGAAAUGUAGCACACUAGCCUCUUCUACAGUGGUGUAAAAUGAAGUACUGCUUAUGUAACAUCGUUAUGAGGGAUCACGUAAUGGAUUUACUGCUGUAGUAAAAACAUUAAUGCCUUGGAAACAAAGUGUUUUAUAUGAAUAACCUGCUCUGUCACAGGACUUUUAUUUGUAAAAGGUAUUUUCAGAACAGCUCAGCAUGGAAGUCUUGUUCAGUUUGAGCAUCAUAGGAUUCUCAACAUUGAAGAUGUGCCUGAUCUCUCUGGUCUCAAACAGAACUGGUGUUGAUUGGACGCACACAGCCCAGUCCAGAGAUGACUAAACUCACCUUUAGGUCCCUUUGAAAUUGCUUUUUACCAUGCACAUCAUGUUCCAAUGUCGUAUGUAAAGACGGGAGCACCUGUAGUUUUCAUUACUGCAGAUCAACAAUGAUGAAAUAAAAGUAGCUUGAUUAAAAGAAUUGCAGCAAUAAAAACCACAAGAAAAAGGAUUUGGUUCCUUACACACUACUAAAUGAUGUGACUUAUGAAUACCUUAAGUUCUAAAACUUUGAUUUCAAAGGGUAUUAAGCAUACAUUCUUUGGAUUUGCCUGUUAGCUGCAUUCCCUGUGUAUAUGUGUCAGUUCUGCAUGUAAGCAGUUUUCCCUCACCUUCAACACACAAAUCACAGCUGCCUGCCUUCAGUAGUUUCCUUAGUCAGCUUCCCCAUGCAUACUGUUUAACUGUUGGGGUUUGAUUCAUUAAAGAGAACUUUAAAGAGAAUGUUUGCUCACAAUGGAGGAAACAUGAAAAAAUGUGAUCAAAAUAUAAUUUAACAGUAAUGUGUUUAAUUUUGGGGACUAGGAUUGCUCUACCACUAUGAAGGUUAUCAGUCACUCCUAGCAAGGGAAAACAUUUGCGGUAAGUCAGAUUAUUCUCUUAUGUGCUCUGCAGUAUACGAUAGUAUUUCUGGGUUCAUGUUGCACGAGGAGCCUAAACGGUUGUACAAAAUUAAGUUCAAAUUUCCUUUUCUUUUUUUGCAAAUCUGCCAGUUUACCAUUUUGGGAGUUGAACAGUAAACUAAAAUCCAAAUGCAUAUGGAGAACUUCAGGGUUUUUGUUUUAAAACUAAGCUGCCUUUUCUCUCUUACACACGCAAAGCCUACUAGCACUUGGACUUGGAAGCCAGGCUUUGAGGCCUCAGAGGCACAUACAAGUUAUUGUAAGCCAAAGAGGCAACACACACUGUUCUUGAUAGAGCUUGUGAUUAUACUGGGAUAAAUUGGGGGCAUUUUGUUUUCUGUAGCGAUCCCUUUCUGAACAGCAAAUAACUUUUUAAGCCUGGGCAGUUUAAAAAGGAGAUUGGAGAUUUGGUAGUUUUUUGUCUUACGUUCAAGGAAAAAUGGGCCAAUAAGCCCAAAUGCAUUUAUGCAUCUGAAUGAUAGUUGCUGUGUAUUUUGUUACAAACUACCUUUGAAAAGAAUUGUGAAAUAAUUCAAUAAAUGCAAAAGAAUAAGGACGACCCAAAGCUAAUUCAUUGGAGUACUUUUAUCUGCUCACUGUUCUGCCAGAAUACAGCAUUAUACCAGCUAAUAUUCCCUCCUCCAAGCCUUUGGUAGUGCAGAAAGUUUUAGGAUCUUGCAAAUGUUUCUAAAUCAAAUAAACCAAUAAAAAUACUUAAAUGAGGUUCUGCCCCCUGGAAUAAAGCCUGCCCCUCCCAUUAGUCCUGGCUGUGCCCAUGACAAUCUCCCUAUAAUAUUGGUGUAAUAUUGACUGUGGUGUUGCACUCACUGUAGUAUUCUCAGUUUAUUCUUGCCAGGAAGAGCAGGGCUCUUCAAUAAAACCACAAGUGGAAUGACAAGGGUAAGAUUCACUAAUGAAAGCAAUAUAAACAACCAAGCAUGUGCUGUUUUGCAACACAUGACGCAGCUGAACAAGUUACAUGAGUCUCGUUAGCCUCUUAAGUCGAUAGUUCUCAACCACCCAGAUACUAAUAUUAAGCUUCUCUUUGCAAAGGUGCUUUGUUACGAAAUUAAAUACGGAUUGCAGGUUGUUAAAUUGGUGGUAAUUUUCAAAAUAAGCCUCUAGAUUGUGAAUUUUUUUUAUUGGCUGAAGUGAUACCAAGAAAUUAUGCAAGUGCUUUUAUGUAAGUGGAAAUUAACUUAGGGCAGGAAAAGCUGUCAGUUGCUGAUAUUUUUAGAAGGAUUUGGUUUUGUAAAUUGACAGUCCUUAUUUUAAAUCCUUGGAGGCAAUAAUUUAUAAUUAAUUGAAAAAUUGUAAUAAUGGAAGUCACAUGUGUGACUCAAGACCCAAUUAAUGUAGAAGGACAUGACAUCUUUAAACUCCCUAGGUCAGAGAAUUGUGAAUGGAAAGCUACAUGUCUCUGGUAAUGAAGGUUAUUCCACUUACUUUUUUUAAUAGAGCAUUUUAAAGGUUAUCUUACUCAAAAUGUGUCAUGGUUGUAUGUAAUUUGCUUCUUUUUUUACAGAACAUAGUAUUUCCCAUCCAUGCGUGUACUAGUUCAAGAAUCCCCCACAUCUGUAGUGUAGGAACAGUUUCUGAAAUUGGACAUACAGGUCUCUCAGAACGGAGGCAAUGAUCAGCACUUUCUCCCACACAGUAUAGUACCACCAAAUGACCUAUUUUCACCCAGGAAGGAGGGAAGACUUUCUUUUGCACCUGCUUAAGCGUCAGUUUAAGUUAGGCUCAACACCAAGAGCAGCAUCCUCAAUACUGUUCUAAAUUUCUAGUUCACUGUUCUACAGAUUUUGUGUAGAGGUGGCGGAAGUAGUUUCACUAUAAUGGUUUGAGCUGAUUAAAAAGAUGGAAUCCUCUUUCCAGCUAUUAGUGGCAGUUCUAAUUCAAAUAUAAGAGGCAUGAUGACAGAACUUUAGAUCAACUUAUUUCAAAAUAGACUUGUUGCUAAAGCAGAAAAAAAAAACAUUUUAGUUACAGGUUAAUAAAUUUAGACAUCUUGCAAAACACAAAAUCUAGACAUAACAUGCUUAGUGGAAAAUUCUAAUGUGUCAGUAGACACAAUAGUACUUUGCUUUCACCAAUCAAUUACAGGGACUUACUAAGUAAUUUGAGGGAACUUACUAAAAUGGAGUAGGUAAAUGGGUAAGCAUUUGAGCUAGCAAGAACCAAGUCAAGCGUACAGGAAGUGUACACAGUUGCGGAGAGGACUGUCAUAUACUUCCUGGUCAAAUAGACUCUGACGAGUUGGAUAGCUGGCUGUGGGUUUUCUGUUGCUGAGAUCUGCUUUUAAUAAUUUAUUUUCCAAAUGUUUAAAAUGUGCUAGCUGCCACAGUAUUUUGGAAAUGGCCUAGUCAUUUAAACUGGCAAAUGUAGCCUUACUACACUUGGGUUAUUAAGGCUAGCAACUUGGACUUCCGGGUUAGCGCCUCCAGCAAUGGCGGAAUUCCUCUGAUCGGGAGGAAUCUGCUCCGUGGAAAUCAGAGUCUGGCCGCCACGGCGAAGGCGGAGACCCACUAAAAACCACAAGCGGGAGAAGCUUGUGGACGUGGGAUUCGACUGGCACCUUUUGCGCCUCCCCUACUCGCGGGGAAACCCGGUUUCGGGGAUCCGGAGCGACGUGGGGUGAGUGGCGCGGUGCUUCGAAUCGACUGCUUCUUUCACGGAGUGAAGCCGCAUUGCUGUUGCCGGAGAGCGCUGACUUUUUCCUGUGGACAAUUUGAUCUUAAAACAACUACCCGUGAGUAGAACGGAAAAUUGGAUUUUUAAACGUCUUAAUUUGGCACCGAAACAGGGAGGUUUCAAACAGGAAGUCCGCCUUCCCCUUUUGUAAAUAGAUUGAAGCAAAGAGGCUGCAAGCUAAAGCCUUGGAAAGUCUCUCACAAAGGAUUAAACUUCCAUCGGUUAAAUCAUCAAACCCCCCUUGGAAGCAGGAGAAGAGGGGGGAAACUUAAGAUCGCGUAAGCCUGCAGGAGAGAGUGAAGAAAGUCAAAUUACCACCGCUCUGAACCUGGAAACGGGCUGCUAGCAAGAUUGAAGUUUCAGAUAUGCUCAUUGACUGUGAAUAGAUCGUCUGCUGACAGUAAGUUAAAGAAGAGAAAUACAUUGUUUCCAUUGUCUCCUUCUGCGUUUAAAAAGGAGUAAAAGUAACUGAAAAUUGAAACUAAUUUUAUUGUUUGAACUGUGCUUAAAAGGAUUGAUACAAAUAGAAAUUGUUUCCCCCUAGAGGAAGCCUUUGAAAUUGUUACAAGAGCUGAGCUGGGGGAAUUUUCCAUCUGCAAGAUAAAACUGUGAGAAUCUGGGAUUGACCUUGAAUCGUUAAGAAUGUUGACAGAAGAAGCCUUAGUGGUUGCAUUUUGUAAGAUUAAUGAUUCACUGGAACAGCUUUAUAAGAAGACGGAUGCGAGGACUAUAAAAAUUGAUAACUUGGAACAAAAAGUGACUAAUUUGGCACAAAAAGUCAAUAUUAAUACAGAAAUUAUUCAGGAAUCGAUACAGGGAUCUAUUUUGACAUGGCAAAUCGAGGAGAAGGCGGGGGAGAAAGUUUUUGUUGUGGAACCUAAAGUGGCACAAGUGGUGAGGGAGAGAGCCCCAGCCUUACAGUUGCAAUUUGAUGAUUAUAAGUUGAUGCCUUCCAAGACUGAAUUUAGAGAAAGUCAGACUUUUAGGAUUGGAGCCCCGCUUGGAUUGGAGAAAGAAAGUUGGAUAGAUCCCCUCAUGCAGGGGUUUAUUGACCUUUGGGACCUGGACUUGGGUCAGGAGGAGACUGGAGUUGUGGGGACUGCCAGACUUGGAGGAACUCUGAAACACGACUGGAAAUAUCUUUUGAAUUUCAGUUCUAACUAUGGAGAUUUGGCUGACUUGUCGAGAAGGAAUAAAAACAUUGCUAGAUGGGAAUUUCCCGGAGAUCUACUUUUCAGCAUCAAAGGAAGGAAAAUAAGAACAAGAUCAGGAGAAGACAAAGUAAAGUGCAUGUAUAAACAUGAAGAAGACUUGCAGAAGGGACCUGGAAAAGAGUUAAGAGCCUCGGACAGAAGAUCACCAGGUUGAUGGGCUUUAUGGAAUUGACGGAAAUGACUGGCAGAACCCGAGACCAGGGAGAAGAGACGGUGGAAGAAUAUUGGAAAAAGUUUAAAAUUUAUAUAUGGAAAUAAUGUAAAAUUAAUGAGUGUUAGAAAAAUGUUGGAAGGGAAUUAUACGGCUUUAGUAGAAAUGUUUUAAGGAAUUAAGUAUAAAUAAGUAUUAUAGUAUUAAUGGAAAAUAAGGUUAAAAUAUGUUAAGAUAAUUACAUGAC